GAAGAAAAAAUAAUUUUAGUUUCCUUUGCUACGAAGAAAAAUAAUAAAAAUAGAAACCAAAAUCAAUCUUAGCAAAACAGUCUCGUCAAGACUCUCUUCUAAAACUCGCACUGAAUCUUCAUCAAUGGCCGGUCAAUCCUCGUCGUCGGCGGCGACAACAAACAUUAUGCUCGCAAUCUACGAGAAAAAAACAUCCACAACCGACCUCUACCGUCCCCUCCGUAACUACAUCUCAAUGUACUACUCAGAACGCGAAGCUCAAAACCUCGACGACGAUCUCCAAACCCUAAAACAAUACCGCUCCGAUCUCGAACGCCUCUCCGAUCCAUCGCCGACUUCUCGCCGCGAUCUCUUGCAAAAUUACUACAAAGCCCUCUGUUUAGUCGAGACGCGGUUUCCGAUUUCGCCGGAUAAAGAUCACAUCAAUACGGUGAUGUUUUUGUGGUACGAUGCGUUUAAGCAGAAGCAGAAAGCUUCGCAGCAGAAUAUUCAUUUGGAGAAGGCGGCUGUGUUGUUCAAUUUAGGGGCGGUGCAUAGUCAGAUUGGAUUGUCGUUUGAUAGAGGGACGGUGGAAGGGAGACGGCAGGCGAGCCACGCAUUUAUUGCGGCGGCUGGCGCUUUUGCGUAUUUGCGGGAUAAUGCUUCGGUUAAGGCGUGUAUUGGAGGGAGUAGUACGGUGGAUGUGUCGGUUGAGUGUGCCGGGAUGUUGGAGAGGUUGAUGUUGGCUCAGGCACAGGAGUGUGUUUUUGAGAAUACUAUUGCUAAAGGGAGUACUCCUGGUGUUUGUGCUAAAAUUGCCAGGCAGGUUGGGCUUUACUAUGAGGAAGCUUUAGCUGCGCUCACUGUUGCCCCUUUAAAGGAUCAUUUUGAUAGGGCUUGGAUUGCACAUGUUCAGUUGAAAUCAGCACUUUUUUGUGGUGAAGCUUGUUAUCGAUAUAGCUUAGAGCUGCAUGAAAAAGAAGAAAUUGCUGAAGAAAUUGCAAGGUUGAAGAUUGGGAUUAGUGCCUUAGCUGAGGCAAAGAAAAACUCAAAGGGUGCUGCACAACAGCUUCUGGAUGGUAUUAGCAAGCUGGAAGCCAAUAUUAAUCGUAACUUGGAGAGGGCUGUGAAGGAAAAUGAUAGAGUCUAUCUCAUGAGAGUUCCUUCCCCGAGCUCAUUACCUCCUCUUCCAGCAUUUUCAAUGGUGAAAUCAAUGCCUAUGAAUGAGGUACUAGAUGCAAGCAAAGAAAAGAUGUUUGCAAGUCUAGUUCCAGAUAGCAGUGCAAAAGCUCUUUCAAGAUACACAGAAAUGGUUGAUGAAAUUAUCAGGACACAAGCUGAGAAAUUACAGCAAGGCAGCGAGUUAGCUCGAGUAAGGCUGAAGGAAAUGGACCUGCCAGAUUCAAUUCUUGCUUUGGAAGGAAAUUUUAUGCUUCCGACAGAUCUUAAAGAAGAUGUUGAAGCAGUGCAAAUUAGUGGUGGUCCAGCUGGUUUGGAAGUUGAAUUACAGCAGCUGAGGGAUUUGAGAAGAGUAAACCAUGAAUUGCUAGUUCAGACUGAGGAGCUUUUGCAGAAAGAGGCAUCUGAAGAUGCUCAGUUUAGAAGUCAAUUCGGUACUCGGUGGACUAGGCCUCAGUCCAGCACUUUGACAAAGAACUUGCAGGAUAGGUUAAAUAGAUUUGCAGCUAACUUAAAGCAAGCUGCAGAAAGUGAUGCUAGAAUUGAGCGUUCAGUUAGGGAUCAUUCUGCACUCAUGUCAAUCCUUGAUCGCCGACCGAUAGAAUCUGCUCUUCCGACUUUGGCUAGACCAAUGAUGUCUUUGGAUGCUAAUGAAGAUGCUAUAGUGGGGUCCCUGAAGCAGAGUUUGAGGCAAUUGGAGGUACUUGGUGCUCAGCGGGCGGGUCUUGAAGACAUGCUUAAGGAAAUGAAAAGGAAGGAUGACAUAUUACCAAAGUUGAUGACAUCCUCCGGCUCCUAUGAAGAUCUUUUCAAGAAAGAGAUUGCAAAAUAUGAUCGAAUAUGUGAAGACAUUGCUCAAAAUAUUGAAGCACAAGAACAAUUGUUAUUGCAAAUUCAGGCUCAAAAUGAGGAUUUCUCUGCCAUCUUUAAUCUUGAAGAUUACAAAGCAUCUCGCGAGAAGUGUUAUAAGCAAAUACAGGCUGCUAUAGCCAAGUAUCGAGAAAUAAAGGAUAACAUCAACGAGGGUUUGAAGUUCUAUGUUACUCUCCAGGAUGCAAUCACCAAUGUGAAGCAGCAGUGCAGUGAUUUUGUGAUGACAAGAAGUAUGCAGUGCCGAGAAAUGAUGGAAGAUGUACAGAGGCAAAUGGGCGGACUGAGCUUUCAGGAUCGCAAGAACUCCAGUUCUUACAACUACCCUAUGGUAAAUCAGGCCCAUCAAACUCCAAGAUCAAAUCCUCCACCACCAACAUCAGAUCCGCAAAAUGUUCCCCAUCCUCGACCCCAAACACCUCCUUACUAUCAGCCUCCCGAGCAGCCAGCUAUGACAGGAUACACUCACCCACCUCCCCCUUAUACUGCUUCCCAGCAGCCUCCGCCUUAUCAUAUGCAACCUGCUCCUGGUUCUCCUUAUCCGCCUCCUCAGGCUCAACAGCAGCCGCCACCAAGUCAGGAAUAUGGUCAACCUGCCUACCCAGGUUGGCGUGGCCCAUACUACAAUUCCCAUGCACCGCAGCCUGGAUCCCAUCCUCGACCUCCUUACACUGUUCCUAGUCCAUACCCCCCUCCCCACCAAAGUGGUUACUAUAAGCAAUGAUUGUGUUCAUUUAUUUUUCCCGGAAAUAUGUUUUGAUAAUUUCCGGUGGAGUGUUGGUGGGAUAAGCUUGUAUUGAGCUAGAUUUUAUGUUUGGACACGACAUUUAGUUAUCUUGUAAUAGCUGGCUGUAUGUUCUUUUGCAUAUUUUUUUUUAUGUAUAAUGUGUAUUAAUAAUAAGAAUACUUGUUAAUAUUGGAAAUAUACAAAGUAUCAUGGAAGAAUACUCUUUUAUUGUACAGUACUUUUAUCUA